AAUACUCAACAUUUUAUCCAACGGUCAUUCAAAAUUGAAAUUGAGGUGACCCAGAAAAUCAGACCGUUUGUACCCCACGCAUCAAAACUUGUACAUAACCAUUUUCUCCACCCUCCCUCACAUGAGAUCACUCCCCUUCCCCACCGGACACGCCGCUCCCGACGGCCACUGCCGCACGUGUGUGUAUCCCGUCGCCGCCGCUUCCGCAAUCAUGAGCCACUCCCCCUCCUCUCCCACCACCUCCACCACCACCGUUUCUGAUGAUAAAAACCCCAAAAUUCCAAUUGAGAUCGUUACCGAAGAGGAAAUGACACUCAUCGAAGCCGCCCUCACCGCCGCGGCCGCCGCCAUUGCCGCACCUGCUGCUCAAUUCCACCGGAAUUACAGGUCAAUUCGCUCAAUUACUCUAUUGUCCAAGCGCGGGUUGUCUUCCUGCACUGCGACCCGAUCUACGGAUAUCGAGGACUCGGGUCGGGUUGUUGGAUCCGGUAGUCCGCAGAAGAAUAAGAAGAACAAAGGAAUUGUGUCUUUUCUGCAUCAGUACCGGAAGGCAAGAGGUCUAUCCGUCACCGAUUUUACCGCCACUGAAUGGUGUGAAAAACAAAUGGAGUAUGUUCUACUCUAUGGUAAACCUAAAAAGACGAAAGCUAUGCAAGCAGGUAGUGCACGCCAUGCAGUACUUGAAGAAGAGGUGAUCAAAAGGGUUAAAGUUCAGGCUGAAUCAGCUGAAGAUGUAUGGGCGAUUAAAUUUAUGAAUUUUAUUGUUGGAGCAAAUCAACUGAUAUUUGAUGGAUUAACACGCGAGUUGCCUUUAGUCGGCUUUAUAGAAGGUGUAUGGACGGUGGGCAUAAUAGAUGAAAUACGGAUGCCUGUUUCUGAGUCCACAAGAUUUCCAAUAUUAGUUGACACAAAAACUCGUGUGCGAGCAACACUUCCCAGUGAACCACAAAGGCGAAAUGGAAGGCUUCAGUUGAUGUGCUACAAGAAUAUGUGGGACAGUUUGAUUGCUGACAGAUUUCCAUCCCAAAAGUUCUAUGAAUUCUUUUCGUUGAAUCCCCAUCAAAUUUUAAAUCAAGAAAUCAGAGAGAGUACAGCAAAAUCAGGUUUUCCUUCAGAGACUCUCAGUGAUGUGGUUCGGUAUUUUCUAAAUAGUUGUUCAUUGUUGCCUAAGGCUCACGAUCGGCUACUGUUGAGAUAUGAAUUACAGGAAGAUCAAACUUUACUAGGCGAAGAUGAGUUUGCUUAUGAGCACGAUUGGCUAACGGAUCAAAUAAAAUCAUGUCUCGAGUUUUGGCAGGGAAAGAGAGAAGCGAGUUUCCCUCCAAUGGAGGAGCGCUGGAAAUGCAGGUUUUGUAAAUUCGCUUCUAUAUGUCCAACCAACCCGAAUUCCGAAGUGUCACCAAAGAGUGAAGAAGUUAUCCCCCCCGAGCCAUCUCAAGAGUAAAACCAACCAUUCCCAAAACUCGAUUUUGCUUCAGCUUUUAUGCAUUCUUCAUUUAUUAAUUAUUUCUGACUUAUUUGAAGACUUCACAUAUUGAUGUUGUACAUAAAUAGGUGCUGUAGAGGUCUAGUAUUUAUUUGUGCAAUGUUUUGAUUUAAUAUUGAUUUAAGCAGGUUUUGUAAUUUUUAUAUCUACAUUAAAUACAAAGGGUGAAUUACAACCACCACCCUGAGGUAAAGUGUAAUUACAAAACUAACCCUUCUUUUUAAGAAA